GCGGCAGGAAGUGGAGCGACCCAGCCCAACCUGCGGAGGCCUGGGUCCCAUACAGCCCCCCGUGCCGCCCCCGCGGGGGUGGGGCUGCGUAGGGCACCGAAAUGGCCAGGGAGGGCCCUGGCCCCAGGGGCGGGGAACCACUGGAGCAGAAUAUCCUGUUACAAGAAUUCGCAGCUGCUGGAGCUGUUCUAGGCUGGUUUCUAAUUUCUGCUACCUGCUAAGGACACAGGCCUGAGAUUUAGGUUAUUCUUAACCACGCAGAUCACUACCCGGUCCUGGAGCUUUGAACCGCCUCUGUUUUGGAGACGCUACAGGGCUCCUGUGAGUUCUGUUUCAACAGCAAAGUUCAGCAAAGACAAAUGACCAGAGAGAGCGAGACAAAAACAAAACCCCAAAACCUAAUACCAUCCCCUAGGUCCUGGUAACGGGCCCAGGGCGGUCCGGGGGCUGGGGCUUGACUCUCCCUGGAUUCUAAACAGUGAAGCUCGACACCCCCACUUCUGCCGAUGGGGGUGGGGAAGUGGUGAUAGAAUUAGCAUAUUCCAAUCCUAUUGGCUCGUUCCCGAGCUGUUUUACAUAGGGCCGCCUCUUCCCCACUCCCUUCUCCGGCUGGCUGGGUUUUGCGGCGUAGGGCUGCCUGCUAGUGCAGUGCAGGGAUCGGCGCGGGAGGCGGGCGGCGGCGGUGGGGAGAAGGGAACAUUUAAACACUUUUAUUUUUCCGGUGUUCUUCCGCCGCCCGGCUGGGAGCGGGGCUGCCGAGCCCCUCCACAGAGCUGAGCCGGCGCGUGGGCCGGGAAGAGGCUUUGGAAGGCGCAGCAAAGUGGCCAGUGGGUUCUGUCGUGUCUUUCCAUUCCCACUCUGGUUUCCUGCGGGUGCAGCAUGAAGUGCAGCUAUGGCAAGGCGAGGUAAGACAGUGGUGAGGACGCUGGAAGAUUUGACCCUGGAUUCUGGUUAUGGUGGUGCUGCGGAUUCAGUCCGGUCCUCCAACUUGUCCCUGUGCUGUUCGGAUUCCCACCCGGCUUACCCCUAUGGAGGAAACUGCUGGCAGCAUCUAGCUGACUCCAUGCACAGUAGGCACAACAGCUUUGACACUGUCAAUACGGUCCUAGUGGAAGACUCCGAGGUGCUGGACUGCUCGGGGCAGCAGUGCUCCAGGCUGCUGCCUGACCUUGAGGAGGUUCCCUGGACUCUGGAGGAGGUGGAGGCGCUGCUCCUGCUGCGGCACAGGGAGCCCCGCGGCCCGGCGGCCACCCCUGCCAGAGAUGCUCUGGCCAAGCUCUCCACCUUGGUCAGCCGGGCGCUGAUCCGGAUCGCCAAGGAGGCUCAGCGGCUGAGCCUGCGGUUUGCCAAAUGCACCAAGUACGAGAUCCAGAGCGCCAUGGAGAUCGUCCUGGACUGGACGCUGGCCUCCAGCUGCACGGCGGCCGCCCUGGGCGCCCUCUCCCUCUACAACAUGAGCAGCAGCGGCGGGGACCGCUUCAGCCGGGGCAAAUCCACCCGCUGCGGGCUCACCUUCUCGGUGGGCAAGUUCUACCGCUGGAUGGUGGACAGCCGGGUGGCCGUGCGCAUCCACGAGCACGCCGCCAUCUACCUGACCGCCUGCCUGGAGAACCUCUUCCGAGACAUCUACCGGCGGGUGAUGGCGGGGGGCAGCGCCUCGGCCCACCCGCACCCCACCCGGAGCUCGGGCUCCGGCUCGGCAGCCGCCGCUGGCGCGGAGAAGGACAAGGAAAGCGGCGGCGGCGGCGAAGCGCCCAAGUUUACGGUGGAGUCUCUGGAGCAGACGGUCAACAACGACGCGGAGCUGUGGGGCUUGCUGCAGCCCUACCAGCACCUCAUCUGCGGGAAGAACGCCAGCGGUGUUCUCUGCCUGCCGGACAGUCUGAACCUUCACAAAGACCAGCAAAGGUCAAAUAAGCCAGGCGAAGUACAGAUGUUUAGCCAAUCAGAAUUAAGGACCAUAGAGCAAUCCUUGCUCGCUACCCGGGUGGGAAGCAUUGCCGAACUCAGUGAUCUGGUGUCUCGAGCAAUGCAUCACCUCCAGCCACUCAACUCAAAGCAACAUGGCAACGGCACUCCAAUGCACCACAAGCAGGGAUCGCUAUACUGGGAACCCGAGGCUUUGUAUACUCUCUGUUACUUUAUGCAUUGUCCACAGAUGGAAUGGGAAAACCCUAAUGUUGAGCCUUCAAAAGUUACGCUGCAGAUUGAAAGGCCAUUCAUAGUGUUGCCACCCCUGAUGGAAUGGAUAAGGGUUGCUUUGGCUAAUGCAGGGCACCGUCGCAGUUUCUCUGUGGACAGUGAUGAUGUACGGCAAGCAGCAAGGCUCUUACUACCUGGAGUUGACUGUGAACCUCGACAGUUAAAAAUCGACGACUGCUUCUGUGCUUCUCGAAAACUGGACGCGGUAGCCACAGAAGCUAAAUUCAAGCAGGAUCUGGGAUUCCGAAUGCUGAACUGCGGCCGAACAGACCUAGUUAAACAGGCCAUAUCUUUGCUGGGGCCAGAUGGAAUUAACAGCAUGAGUGAACAGGGCAUGACUCCACUGAUGUAUGCUUGUGUCAGGGGUGAUGAGGCUAUGGUGCAGAUGCUACUAGAUGCUGGAGCAGAUUUGAAUGUUGAGGUUGUCAGUACUGCUCAUAAAUAUCCAUCCGUCCACCCCGAGACCCGCCAUUGGACAGCUCUGACAUUUGCUGUGUUGCAUGGACAUAUUCCCGUAGUUCAGCUAUUACUCGAUGCUGGAGCAAAGGUAGAAGGUUCUUUAGAGCAUGGAGAGGAAAAUUACUCGGAAACUCCUUUGCAACUGGCAGCAGCUGCAGGAAAUUUUGAACUGGUGACUUUGCUGUUGGAGCGAGGUGCUGACCCGAUGAUAGGAACAAUGUACAGAAAUGGAAUUUCCAUGACUCCACAAGGUGACAUGAACUCUUUCAGUCAGGCUGCUGCACAUGGACACAGCCUUCCAGAGGAACGUAGAUGCAGGAAUGUGUUUCGUAAGCUGCUUGCUCAGCCAGAGAAAGAGAAGAGUGAUAUUCUGUCCCUGGAGGAAAUACUGGCUGAGGGAACUGACUUGGCAGAUGCUGCACCAGCCCCUUUGUGCGCCAGCCGCAAUAGCAAGGCCAAACUGAAAGCACUGAAAGAAGCCAUGUACCACAGCGCCGAGCAUGGAUAUGUGGAUGUCACUAUUGACAUAAGGAGCAUAGGAGUUCCAUGGACGCUACAUACAUGGUUGGAGUCUUUGCGAACUUCCUUUCAGCAGCACAGAAGGCCUCUCAUCCAGUGCUUGUUAAAGGAAUUUAAAUCCAUUCAGGAGGAAGAGUACACUGAGGAGCUCAUCACACAUGGGUUGCCUUUGAUGUUUGAGAUACUGAAAGCAAGUAAGAAUGAAGUGAUAAGUCAGCAACUGUCUGUCAUUUUCACUCAUUGCUAUGGACCUUAUCCUAUUCCAAAGCUUGUUGAAAUCAAACGAAAGCAGACCUCUCGUUUAGAUCCCCAUUUUCUUAACAAUAAAGAGAUGUCAGAUGUUACAUUUCUGGUGGAAGGAAGACCAUUUUAUGCACAUCGAGUGUUACUAUUUACUGCAUCCCCAAGGUUUAAAGCGCUGCUAUCUAGCAAACCCUCAGCUGAGAACACUUGUAUUGAGAUCAGCUAUGUGAAGUACCCCAUAUUUCAGCUGGUUAUGCAGUAUCUUUAUUGUGGCGGUGCAGAAUCACUCCUGAUUAAGAAUAAUGAAAUAAUGGAGCUUCUCUCUGCUGCUAAAUUUUUCCAGCUUGAAGCUUUGCAACGACACUGUGAGAUCAUCUGUGCAAAAAGUAUAAACACAGAAAAUUGUGUGGAUAUUUAUAAUCAUGCCAAGUUUCUCGGAGUCACAGAACUAUCCUCCUAUUGUGAAGGCUACUCUAAAAAUAUGAUGGUCCUCAUUGAAAAUGAAGCUUUCAAACAGCUGUUGUAUGACAAGAAUGGAGACACGUCUGGUCAGAAUGUACUACAAGACUUACAGAGGACGUUGGCGACACGGAUUCAGUCAAUUCAUUUGUCGUCUUCAAAGGGCUCCGUUGUAUAAAGUUCAGGAAGGAGAUCGCACUCAGAAAAGACACUGCGAAUUCAGGCUCCUGUUGCAGUUGCUUAAAUGAACAUACAAAAUUCUACUUCACAUUGGAAUAUAUAUAUAUAUAUUUUGUUGGCCAAAGGUGCUGCUUUUAGGCUGCAGCCUCACUUAGAUGAGAGAACGCUGUACAUAUGGCUCCUACCCGUUUUUGAGAAACAAGGAUGUAGCACUAUUCUGUGAAUUACUGUUCUGUUCAAUUCUGAAUGCAAAAGUGUGGUCUUGGAGCUAAUGCCAACAAAAAACCAGAACUCACCAAUGAACAGCAGAAGCCUCUGCCUGAACAAAGAGACCAUGGACCACUUAAACUGACAAAUGGGUUAUUUAAGGUUAUUUGCUCCAUCAUGUUAUAUAUUUAAGAACUGUACUGUACCUAUUCCAGAGUCCAUUCUAUUGUGCAUUUAAGAAACGUAAGAUUUGUUAGUUGCUGUUUCAUAAGGGUCAACUGUGUUAGAGAGUUGGUAAGACUGUUAUAAAUGAGGAAAUAUACUGGCAAAUUUUUAGGGGUGGGAACUUUUUUAAAUUGUUCAUAACAAAUGGGGUGGCCUUGUAGUUUAAAAUCUAUUUCUUAAGCUUAAAAAUUCAUUUUUGACAGAGUUGUGUUUGUGAAUCUAUGUAACAUGUUUGUUUUUUAAAGGCACCGCUGUGUAAAUACUGUAUACAUAUGAGCAGGUUUUGCUUAUAUUCUUUCCUAAGGUGGUAUAAUCUUGCCUAAACGGUUAUGGUUACCCAAAGAGGUAUAUUAUCAAGACAAUAUCUAACACGGUAGUUGGGGAAUAAAAAUCUGCAUGCUAAUUGUGAUUUGGGGUUAAAAACAAUAACAAACUCAACAUGCAUUUGCAUGUAAUUGUACCUGUGAAAUGUUAUGUUUGUGCUUUGUUUUGCCAAGACUGCUUGUCAAACUCCAUUUGUGAAAUUAGCACAUUUACUUUUCUUUCUUGGUGCAAAUGGUAGUGAGAUGAUUCCCACAGAGACUUGUUGGAAGAUGCUGAUUUCCAUUUGUUACAUGGAAGAGUUAAUAUCAGCCUUUACUCUAGUAACAUGUCAAUAUUUCGCUACUGGCCAGAGAUUGUGACUAAGUUAGACUUUUUUAAAUUAUUAUUAAAUAUGUACUAUAGAAUAAUUUCUUACUGUAUCCUCAGAAUGUAUAGGUUAUCUGCAAUGGAGAUGUUCAGUGUCAGGGCUCAAUUUAUUUUGCAGCAUACUGUUAGCAAGAGAGAUCUGUUAAGUGCCAUAGUUUUCUGGACAUCUUGUACUUGAUGAUACCUUUCAUGAAUCGGUUGCUUUAAAACACAGGGAAGACCUCAGUAAAGAGCAGGAGAAAGGCGCUACCUUUUCAGUGGCAAAAUUACAUGUAUUUCUUUUCUAGCAUACUUUUUGAAACUGUGCCCGGUUCACAGAUUUUUAGGAGCUUUAAUUUGACAGUGCAUGGUAACUUGUUGGUCUUUUGUUAGAGUAUUUAUGUCCGGUGCUAUUUCCUGUUUAUAGCUUUUGGAAUGCUCAGAAAACACAGUCUUUGCAUUAGUUAUCAACAUGAUAGGAAACUGUUUUAUUGUUCUGAUCUGUAAAUCCUCCCAUAUGCUUGAUCAUUUUAAAGCCUAUCCAGUAUCUGCAACAAAUUACAAAAUUGUCUAAACUACCAUUAAUGUCUCAGAGACACAGCAUGUCAGCCUAACAAUGAAUUAUCAGACAAUUGUUUCUGCAUAUGAUAUGCCAUAUAAGAUGUCUCGAACAUUUAGCUACUGGCGACUUACUUUCUGUGAAUGUUGCAAUGCUAGAGAAGCAAGAACCUGAUAAAUGCAAUCGGAACUCUUGGGGGUGCUUAUAUUAUAGUUUGGUGUGCUUCCUCACUCAUUGAAACCCUUUCUUCCAUAUUCGUAGCGAUCUACAUAAUAAAAACAAUCUCACCCAGCAGCUUAAUGUUAAUUUCUCUAAAUAUAAAAUUUAAUGCUCCAGAUUUUUUAUCAAGUAGGCCAAAUUCUACCCUCAGGUACAUACAGCUCCCACUAAGGUCAUCAGGCAUUGCAGGCAUGUAUCCACAAGCAUAAUUUUUCUCUGUGGGAAGUAAAAGCAAGGUAUAAUUCAGUUAGGCAAUUGGUGUCUUAACAGGAUGAUAACACUGCUUAUGUAGCAGUGACUUCAGGGCAUACAUUAAUAGCAGUCCAGGGCAUUGGUAAUGGGAUAUAGAGCCUUAUAUCUCUGGGUUACUCAUUGAAAUGUUGAUGUAGACUGAUGUCAGCAGCACAGAAAUCCACCACAGUAAGUGUAACUUUCUUUGGCAGCGUCAGCAAAAAAAAUCAAAGACUGGGUGGGAAAGGGAGACUUCUCUUCUGUCUCACCCUGAGGCCUUGGCUACACUUGAGAGUUACAGCGCAAUAAAGCCACCAACAGCGCUGUAACUCACUCCCCGUCGACACUGGCAAGACACAUACGGUGCUGUAUCUCCAUGGCUACAGCACUGCUUGUACUCCACGUCCCCGAGAGGAAUAAAAAGUAUAGCGCUGCUGCUGCUGCGCUGGGGCGCCAGUGUAACAAGGGAAUAACCUUAGUACGCCAUGACUGACCUCGGAAGCUUCCCAUAAUCCUUUUAAGUGAAGGUUCCGCUCUUUGUUUUGUUGUGAAC